GGUGAAUUAUAUGCCAAUAUCAGUAAUAAUCUCGACUUUCAAGAAAGAAAACGUGAAGCAGCCCCUCGAGGGUUUUGGAGUUCUUGUUCCAGACAAGGAGCAGAAAAAUGGUUUGAGGACACUAGGCACUCUCUUCUCUUCGAUGAUGAUUCCAGAUCGUGCGUCGGAAGACGUGUACCUUUACACCACCUUUGUUGGGGGUAGUCGAAACAAAGAACUGGCCAAAGCUUCGAGGGACGAGUUGAAGCAUAUAGUAACUUCUGGCCUCAGACAGUUGCUUGGAACAGAAGGGGAGCCAAAAUUUCUAACGGAAGGGCACAACACUAUUAACAAUAUUUUUUUACUAGAACAAGGAAUGUAACCACUUGCUUACCUAUGGUCUUUUUAUCUGGUUAAACAAAAA